AUGAAGGUUCCCUCGGCUCUGAUUGGCUUGCAAAGCCUCUCGCUAGGCGUUUUCCUCGGACAGGUCGCCGCCACGCCGCUACCUCCGAAACCUUCAAGAGCAACCGUUGCGGAUGGAACGGCGGCUCUCGAUCAGGGAACUGUGAAGGGUUUCACUGAUGACUAUGGAAACUCUGUUUUCCUCGGCAUUCCAUUUGCGCAGACAACUGGGGGACAGAACCGAUGGAAGGCUCCUAAGGACGUCAAGAAGCUGAAGAAGGGCGAGGUGCUCGAUGCCACAAAGUACGGUGCAACAUGUCCCCAGGCCAUUACCGGUACAACAUACUCCCAGCAAGAUGAAGAUUGCUUGAACCUCAACAUCUGGGCGCCAUCUUCGAACAGUAAGCUGCCACGGGCGCCGCCGAUGCCUCAUAAACCGAAUGGACCUCACCAUCCACCAGGCCCUCCAUCAGGCCCACCAGGUCCACCGGGUUCCCCACCAGGCUUGGACGCACCCGGCGGUCUUCCAGUAUUUGUCUACAUGUAUGUGAUUUUCCUGUACGAACUGUAUGUGGAGUAA